GUCGUUUUGUGAAGAGGCUGUAGUAAGUCAUUCCCAGUAGCGGAGCAGAGCAGAGGCGCAGACUGCCGACACUGAAGGAAAUGAAGCUGCAUCUCUAACAAAGUGGACUUUCUUUUCUUUCUUUCUCAGUGACAUGACUUUAUCUGCUUUGGAACUCUUUCUCUCUCUAAAGGAAGGCGGCUUGAGUAUUUUUGCUCCGUGAUAAAGGGGACACGGAGACCGGACGCUUUCUGCCACUCAAAGCCGCCUCUCCUCUCAUCACCUGCGUCUUGCUUUUAACGGAGACACAGACUUCUGAUGGUGGGAAGAAAAGUUGCGCUGUGGGAUGUUUGAACUUCUGGUUUAAUUCUGCAGCCGCUGAGAUGCUGCCUGUGGAGUUUGAUACUGGUUGCGCAGAUUUCAUCUCAUAGACAGACUGGAGAUCAUUUGCACGUCAUUUGGAUAUACUGCUGCUGCUGGACAGCCCGUCUCUCACAUUGUGCAUGUCCUGAAGACUGUGAUCGGCCUUUUCUACCUAUGAAAAAUCCGAGCACAUAAUGGAGAACCGUCUGACUCUGGUGCCUAUGCUGGUUUUAUUUGCACUCGGAACUUUGGCACAUGGAUCUCGACCUCGGUUAGAGGAUGCUGCUCCUCGGAUCAUAGAGCAUCCGUCUGAUCUGAUCGUGUCCAAGGGCGAGCCGGCCACCCUCAACUGUAAAGCCGAGGGAAGGCCCACUCCCAUGGUGGAAUGGUACAAAGACGGCGAGAGGGUGGAGACAGAUCGAGAGGAUCCUCGAUCACACCGGAUGCUGCUACCCAGCGGCUCCCUCUUCUUCCUGCGAAUCGUGCAUGGAAGGCGAAGCAAGCCAGAUGAAGGUGUAUACGUAUGCGUGGCACGUAACUACCUGGGCGAGGCAGUCAGUCGCAAUGCAUCGCUGGAGGUGGCAAUUUUGAGAGAUGACUUCCGUCAGACUCCCAGUGAUGUGGUGGUGGCAGCAGGUGAGCCCGCCGUCAUGGAGUGUAUCCCUCCAAGAGGCCAUCCUGAGCCCACCAUCUCAUGGAAAAGAAACAACGUUCGGGUCAAUGAUCGAGAUGAACGGAUUACUAUCCGUGGGGGAAAGCUGAUGAUCUCAAACACCAGGAAAAGUGAUGCUGGCAUGUAUGUAUGUGUUGGAACCAACAUGGUUGGAGAGAAAGACAGUGAUCCUGCUGAGCUUGUGGUAUUUGAGAGGCCCGUCUUCACCAAACAGCCAGUAAACCAGGUGGUGUUGGCAGAUGAUACGGUGGACUUCUACUGCGAGGUGCAUGGAGACCCGACUCCGACUGUCCGCUGGCGGAGAGAGGAAGGGGAGUUGCCUCGCGGCAGAUUUGAGAUCCGCAGUGACAAUAGUCUGCGUCUAAGCCAGGUGCGAGCAGAAGAUGAAGGCACCUAUACUUGCGUGUCAGAGAACAGCGUGGGUAAAGCUGAGGCAUCGGGGACCCUCCAAGUGCAUGUUGGCCUAUCGCUGCCUCCUCAGAUCAUCAUCCGACCACGAGACCAGAUCACAGCUCCGGGCCGAACUGUAACCUUCCUCUGCGGUACCAAGGGAAACCCUCCGCCAGCCGUCUUCUGGCAGAGAGAAGGCAGCCAGAUCUUGCUGUUCCCCAUCCAAGAGCCGUUGCAGGCGGGUCGUUUCUCCGUGUCACUCAGCGGUGAGCUGACCAUCACCGACGUGCGGGUGGAAGACUCCGGCUAUUACAUCUGUCAGGCCAUCAGUGUGGCCGGCAGCAUCCUGACUAAAGCGCUGCUGGAGGUGGAAAGUGCUCCCUCAGACCGGGUCCCUCCCAUCAUCCGGCAGGGACCAGCCAAUCACACACUAGCUCCUGGUUCCACCGCUCAGUUACACUGCCACAUCAUGGGCAACCCCAUCCCCAGCAUCCAGUGGGAGAAAGAUGGCCAGAGGAUCCUGGGAAACGAUGGUCGAAUCAGCUUAAUGGAAAACGGCACCUUUCAAAUCACCAACCUCCAGGAAACAGACUCUGGAGUUUACACCUGCCUGGCUUCCAGCUCCAGCGGAGAGACGAGUUGGAGUGGAGUGCUCACAGUCAAAGAGAGCGCUGACACAUCUGUAGCUCAGGCUGCAGAGCCCUUCCAGCUGCCAGGUCCACCCCACAAGCCCAUCGUCACAGAUGUGUCGAAGAACAGCGUCUCUCUGACCUGGCAACCCAACGCCCACGAAGGCGGAGCCGCCGUCACUUCCUACAUCAUCGAAGCAUUCAGCCAGUCAGCGGGCAGCACAUGGCAGACUGUAGCCGACAUGGUGAAAAUUGAGACGCACACCAUCACUGGUCUUCUUCCCAACACCAUCUACCUGUUCAUUGUCCGAGCUGUCAAUGCCUAUGGCCUGAGUGACCCGAGCCCCAUCUCCGAGCCCGUCAGGACACAAGAUGUGAGCCCUACAGGUCAGGGAGUGGACCACAGACAGCUGCAGAGAGAGCUGGGAGAGGUGGCCGUCCAGCUUCAAGACCCCGUAAUGCUAACAACAUCCUCGAUCCGAGUGUCCUGGAUGGUUGACCGUCAGUCUCAGUACAUCCAGGGCUACCGUCUCUUUUACCGGCCCAGCGGUGCUAACUGGCUCCUACAGGACAUCAACUCUCCUUCCGAGCGCAGCACAGUCCUCGCCAGCUUGUUCAAAGGAACCGAGUACGAGAUAAAGAUCCGCCCUUAUUUCGAUGAAUUCCAAGGCAAAGACAGCCGUACCCUGCUGGUUCGAACCCUAGAAGAAGUCCCCAGUGCCCCACCCAGAGCUGUUAAAGUGGCAACGGUGAAGCUAAGCAACACCUCCAGCAUCAGCGUCUCCUGGGAGCCUCCACCCAGUGAGAUGCAGAACGGUGUCAUCCAGGAAUACAGGGUUUGGUGUGUCGGCAGUGGCACCGACAACCAGACGCGCUACUACAUCAACAAAACUCUGGACGGUGACACACUGUCCACGGUGCUGAAAGGCCUGAUGCCCGGCGUGCUCUACCAGGUGGAGGUGGCGGCAGUGACCAGCGCAGGCGUUGGCACUCGUAGUCAGCCAGUGUCUGUUCUCAUCAAGCUGCCAGCUGAACAGCCCUCCAUGCCAGGCGGCGGAGGCGGCAGUGGCACCGGCGACAGCGGCGAGGAGAGCAGUGUGAGUCUGGCUGAGCAGAUCACCGACGUGGUCAAGCAGCCGGCGUUCAUCGCGGGCAUCGGCGGAGCCUGCUGGGUCAUCCUCAUGGGGUUCAGUGUCUGGAUCUACUGUCGCCGUAAGAAGAGGAAGGAGCUGAGCCAUUACACCGCCUCCUUCGCCUACACACCAGCAGUUGGUUUUCCUCAUGGGGAAGGAUCAGGACUCAAUGGAAGGCCCGGAGUGCUGGGAGGCAGCAUGGGUAACUACCCGUGGCUGGCAGACUCUUGGCCCACCACCAACCUGGUCCACAGUGGUAAAGAGGCCGUCAACUGCUGCACAAGUAAUCAUGACACCGCUGAGAGAUACUACAACGAAGCCGGCAUCUCAAACUACUUGAGUCAGACAGAGAAGUACAGCAUGGGAGGCUCCACAGAGGGUCCCAUCUACAGCACCAUUGAUGCAACCAGCGAAGACCUGCACAGCUUCACUUAUGCCCAAAACACCUCCACCACUCCUUACGCCACUGCCUCCAUCAUGCCCUUUACCAAUCAGCUGCAGGCACCGGCUCACAGCGGCGAGCAGCAGGAUGACGGACACUGGAUCACCCAGCCUGGACCCUCCGGAGCUCAGUAUGCACAGCCGGACCGCUGCAGUGGUAAGCCCAAGCAGAAGGCGAUGGGUAAAGCUGUCAAGACUCCGUCUCUGACCUGGAUGGAGGCUUUGCCCCCACCUCCUCCCGCUGGAGAGCUGGAACAGUGCGAGCAGGAUGAGCAACUCCCAGAGAAUGAUGACAUGGACAUAGGCUCGGAUGAGGAGUGGUGUCCACCCCUCCCAGAGAGGACGUACCUGAUGGAAGGAUGUGAGGACUGUCCCUCUUCCCCUCAAAGGAACAACGCUCCCUCUCCGACCACCUCCUACAGCCACCAGUCGACCGCAACGCUCACUCCAUCACCCCACGAGGAGCCCAGAGCCCCCCAAGACCUGCCCCGCCUCAACCAACAGGAGAGCCAGCAGCUGUCACGCAGAAGGUUACCCUGCGGUCCAGUGCCAGUUCCCCAGGCACUGAGCUCGCUGCUCACCCAGUCCAACCCCAACCUCUCCGGCCAACAGCAUCACGGCUCAUCAGAGGUUGGCACGCUGCAGUGCCAAAGUCCUGCCCAUCGCUGCCUCCACAGCCAGGGGCCAGCUCUGAAUGAAGACGGAGUCAGCCCCACCACACCCGUGCACAGCCGCUCCUCCCCGGCAGAUACAUGCACUCCUCCCAACCAAAAAUCAAGAAUGAAGAAAAAGGUGUCCAAGACUUCAGCAUACAGAAGAGACAUCCAAGGAGACCUGCCUCCGCCUCCAGAGCCCCCUCCAGAAGAGAGCAGGCUUCAGGGCCCCCAGGGGUGCAUGGAGGCCAGCAGCACGGCAAACGGCACUAUGUCAUCCCUGGAGAGGAGCGAAUACAGCAGUAACAACCACCAGCGAAAAGGCUCAGGACAAAGACACGCCGACAAUGAAGAAGUGAUGCCGUACAGCAGUAAGAGCGGCUACCUUUCCAGAGGUCAGAUGUCCAGUAACUGCUCCACCACAGGGAGCUCUUCAUCUAGAGGCUCUACCGGCUCUCGGGGGCUCAACUCCGCCAGGAAACACAAUGAGGCGAUGAGAUAAGGACUCCAGUGGUUCUGUCAGUGUACUGCACCUGGGAUGCCUCCGUUACUAACCCCCUCUCCCCUUCUCAUCUUUUUACCGUGAACACGAGAUAAAAAGAAGAGAAGCCAACAGUUUUCAGGAAGCUAGACGUGCUGCAGUGACAUUGCUGUGAAAGAAAGAAGAACAGACUCCUACAUUCUGAUUUUUCAUAUAAUUAUUUAUGAGUUUAAUUCACCGGCCUUCCUUAGUUUGUAAAUACCUCUGUCUGUACUGUUCUGUUGUGGACUCUGGAUACAGGGAAAGAGACAUAUAUUGUAUUUAUGAGGAUUAAAAAAAACACAAAUGUAAAAUAAUAAAAAAAAAAUGUCUGUUAUUAUUAAAAAAAAGAACGUCUUCUUGAAUGUGCCAACUUUUUUGUCUAUGUAUACGGUUUUGGAGAAAAAAGCAUUAACUACUGUUGCACUCUUGUUGUGAUGGCAAAACAACAGAAAUCUGAAGCACAAAAAGUGUUUGCUGGUUGAGAGGGGGGAGGUUGGAAAAGGAGUGGGAAGGACACCUGUAACCCCCCCCCUCGAGCGCUUCCCUGCUGGGACCCCUGCAUCCAUGUAGUCCGCUAUGAAUGUCAAACUUUUCUAUGUUUCCUCUGGAUUCUCUGCAGCAGUGUGCCAGCUGACAGACAGGCUUUAUGAAAGUUUGAUUGUAAUCCCCACCCCCUCCCCCCCUUGUCCAUCUGAGAGACUGUUUGCUGCAGUUAUGAGACAAAAAUUUUCAUAUACUCUCUAAAAACCAACAAAAAAAAAUGUCUGUGGACUGACUUUUUGUACUCUUGUUGUUUUGUAAAUGUACAAUAAAAAUUUGCUGAUCAAA